UGCCCUGCCCUGCCCUGCCGGGAAGUGAUCCCCUGGGCUGGGUGAGAGUUCCCUAGUUGAGGCUGUUGGAGCUAAGAAGAGCUAGCUGCAUUUCUGGAUCAUCCUCUGGUUAGCCUUGGAGUUAGGAGUCAUCAUGGCCAAUGAAGAGUCCAUCAUCCGCAUCCCCCCGUACCACUACAUCCAUGUGCUGGACCAGAACAGCAAUGUGUCCCAUGUGGAGGUCGGGCCAAAGACCUAUAUCCGGCAGGACAAUGAGAGGGUACUGUUUGCCCCCAUGCGCAUGGUGACCGUCCCCCCACGCCACUACUGCACAGUGGCCAACCCUGUGUCCCGAGAUGCCCAGGGCUCGGUGCUGUUCGACGUCACGGGACAAGUACGGCUUCGCCACGCUGACUUGGAGAUCCGGCUGGCCCAGGACCCCUUCCCCCUGUACCCAGGGGAGAUGCUGGAAAAGGAUAUCACCCCCCUGCAGGUGGUUCUGCCCAACACUGCCCUCCAUCUUAAGGCAUUGCUGGACUUUGAGAAUAAGGAUGGAGACAAGAUAGUGGCAGGAGAUGAGUGGCUCUUUGAGGGACCUGGCACGUACAUCCCCCAGAAGGAGGUGGAGGUCGUGGAGAUCAUUCAGGCCACGGUCAUCAGGCAGAACCAGGCCCUGCGGCUGCGGGCCCGCAAGGAGUGCUUGGAUCGGGACGGCAAGGAGAGGGUGACAGGAGAAGAAUGGCUGGUCACCACAGUGGGGGCGUAUCUCCCAGCGGUGUUUGAGGAGGUUCUGGAUUUGGUGGAUGCUGUGAUCCUUACAGAAAAGAUAGCCCUGCACCUCCGGGCUUGGCAGAACUUCCGAGACACCAGGGGAGUGGCCCGCCGCACCGGGGAGGAGUGGCUGGUGACGGUGCAGGACACAGAGGCCCACGUACCAGAUGUCAACGAGGAGAUGCGGGGGGUCGUGCCCAUCACCACCUUGGGCCCCCGCAACUACUGUGUGAUUCUCGACCCUGUCGGACCUGAUGGCAAGAACCAGCUGGGGCAAAAGCGUGUGGUCAAGGGAGAGAAGUCUUUCUUCCUUCAGCCUGGAGAGAGGCUGGAACGAGGCAUCCAAGAUGUAUAUGUGCUGUCAGAGCAGCAGGGACUGCUACUGAGGGCCCUGCAACCCCUGGACAUAGGGGAGGACGGGGAACAGGUCGCACGCCAGGCUGGAGACCGCUGGCUCAUCCGCGGGCCCCUGGAGUAUGUGCCGUCUGCCAAGGUGGAGGUGGUAGAAGAGCGUCAGGCCAUCCCUCUGGAUGAGAACGAAGGCAUCUAUGUGCAGGAUGUCAAGACUGGAAGGGUACGUGCUGUGAUUGGAAGCACCUACAUGCUGACCCAGGACGAAGUCCUGUGGGAGAAAGAGCUGCCUCCUGGGGUGGAGGAUCUGCUGAACAAGGGGCACGACCCUCUGGCCGACAGGGGUGAGAAGGACACAGCCAAGGCCAAGACCCUUCAGCCCUCAGUGCCCCGGAACAAGACCCGCGUGGUCACCUACCGUGUCCCGCACAACGCUGCCGUGCAGGUGUACGACUACAGAGAGAAGAGAGCUCGUGUGGUCUUUGGACCCGAGCUGAUAACACUGGGUCCUGAGGAGCAGUUCACAGUGUUGUCUCUCUCAGCGGGGCGGCCCAAACGUCCCCACGCCCGCCGUGCGCUCUGCCUGCUGCUCGGUCCUGAUUUCUUUACAGACGUCAUCACCAUCGAGACAGCAGAUCACGCCAGGCUGCAGCUGCAGCUUGCCUACAACUGGCACUUUGAGGUGAGUGACCGGAAGGAUCCCCAAGAGACAGCCAAGCUCUUCUCCGUGCCCGACUUUGUGGGUGACGCCUGCAAGGCCAUUGCAUCCCGGGUGCGGGGGGCUGUGGCCUCUGUCACCUUCGAUGACUUCCACAAGAACUCAGCCCGCAUCAUUCGUACUGCUGUUUUCGGCUUUGAGACCCCAGAGGCCAAGGGCCCUGACGACGUGGCCCUUCCCAGGCCCCGGAAUCAGGCCAUCUUCCCCCAGAACGGGCUGGUGGUUAGCAGUGUGGAUGUGCAGUCAGUGGAGCCAGUGGACCAGAGGACCCGAGAUGCUCUGCAGCGCAGUGUCCAGCUGGCCAUCGAGAUCACCACCAACUCCCAGGAAGCAGCAGCCAAGCAUGAGGCUCAGAGACUAGAACAGGAAGCCCGUGGUCGACUUGAGAGGCAGAAGAUCUUGGACCAAUCAGAAGCCGAAAAAGCUCGCAGGGAACUCUUGGAACUGGAGGCUCUGAGCAUGGCUGUGGAGAGCACCGGGAGCGCCAAGGCAGAGGCCGAGUCCCGCGCGGAGGCAGCACGGAUCGAGGGAGAAGGGUCUGUGCUACAGGCCAAACUGAAAGCGCAGGCCUUGGCCAUUGAGACAGAGGCUGAGCUCCAGAGGGUACAGAAAGUACGAGAGCUGGAACUGGUCUAUGCCCGGGCCCAGCUGGAGCUGGAGGUGAGCAGAGCCCAGCAGCUGGCUGAGGUGGAGGCAAAGAAGUUCAAGCAGAUGACAGAGGCCCUGGGCCCCGGCACCAUCAAGGACCUUGCUACGGCAGGGCCAGAGAUGCAGGUAAAACUGCUCCAGUCCCUGGGCCUGAAGUCAACCCUCAUCACUAAUGGCUCCACACCCAUCAAUCUCUUCACCACAGCCUUGGGGCUGCUGGGGCUGGGGGCUGAGGGUCAGCCCUUAGCCAAAAUGGCAACUGGUGGGCCCGGCCCCUGUGAGGGCUUGCCCUUCCAGUCCCCUGCCGUCUCUCAAACUCCUGGAGACAACCACGUGGUGCCUGUACUGCGCUGACCCCUCCCUGACAAAUUAGAUGUUUCUGAGCAUUUA